AUGAAACUUCUGGGUCUUUUCUCUCUCGUGGUCGUCACUGCCGUCAACGCUGGCGACCCGGUGUAUCUCCGCGGAGAAGACUCCGAAUCUGCGACCGGCGCGAAACAGUUUGACUUCUCCGACGUGAACCAGGCUGAUCAGAGUGAACAGGCUACGUUGUCACUUGACGGUAGUGGCAGCGACGCUUGUCCAGAAAAAUGCCCUAUGGUUUACCGUCCACGGAGUGCACAGACAGCUCCAUCCUCGCCUCGUCCGAUGAUACGUAGUAUGUUCGGUAGCUUGGAGGAUCAUACAGUCGAAUUGGCUGGUAGCGGUAGCAACGAGCACGUGUUAUUGGACAUUGGACUUGCGGGGAUAUUUGGUAGUGACGUCGGCAACGAUGAUGCGUCGAAGACUAGUCCCGAAGAUUUUCUGAACUUGGUGGCUAGCUCAAUGACACCAUACCGAGACAACCAAUAG